AUGAAUGUUAUUACUGGGUAUUUCAAGCAUACCAGGAGAAUCAAGGAAAUAGAAAGCAGUGCGAUAUCCGAAGUGUAUAUUUCAAACAUACUUGAACACUGCAGCCCUGGAGAGUAUCUGAUAACUGAUGGGAAAGGUUGCAUUCCAGUAUUCAGAUGUAUUAGAAGCGGUGGUAAGACUGAGUUCAAGGGAUAUUUGAAAUACAGGCUCGGAAACAAGAAUAGAAAAUUCCAACUUGUUGAAGGCAUCACGGGGGAGACUGCGAUUAUAAUCGGUGGCAAGUAUCUAUAUGUGCUCGCACAGGAAGCAAGUGCACCAACAAAGUAUCUUGUUUUCACUGAGGGCCUCUUGAAAGAAAAGGAUGUUGCCUUUUCCGCCUCUCCGGAAGACAUACAAGAAGAAUCCAGAAAAUGCAAAUCGGAAGCGCACAGCCAGGUAGUCUCAUGUUUCUUGAAGAGCGUAAGGCCCCAGUACCAUGCACAUUUCUUGUACUUCUAUGUCUCAAAUGUAGAAGCCAUAUAUGGACAGGUUCUAGUUUCUUGGGUAGACGGUGCAAUGGUAUUCUAUACGCUGACAUCUCCUCUGUUUCUUAACCUCAAUGAACUCUUUUCAAACCAAGCAUGCCUCCCGAUGGCAUACGGAAUUCCUUACUUUCCUCAUACAAACUUUACAAUCAGCCACGAGUGGCAAAAGGUCUAUGACUCCAGUUCAUAUGAAUUUGCUUGGUGCUAUCCUUCCAAAUUUCUUCUAGAAGUCAUAAGCUUGGUACUUCUUGAAGAGAGAAUAGUGUUUUACUCCGCCAUGGAUUCUUCCCUGAGAGUACUGCAGAUUAUAGAACUUAUAAAGCCUUUCAGAUGGCCGCACAUAAUAUGUCUGCCUCUUCUCCCAGGAAUGGAGGAGAUUCUUGAGAGUCCUCUACCCUUCAUAGUAUGCUUAAACAAAAAGCUGAAAAUAGAAGGUGUAGCAUUUGUGGAUCUGGACUCUCUAAGGAUACGCAGCUCUAGAAAAUAUGCCUUGCUACCUAAUAAGAAAAUAAAGGACGAGGUAGCAAAGAACGAUCCAAAGGAGAUAAGGAGUUGUAUAGAAUUAAUAGCAACAGAAAUAUUGCUAUGGAGAGAAUAUCUGAUAAAAAGAUGGGGUAGCAAGAUAAUAACCAGAAUACCAAAUAACCCCCUAAAGUUUAUAGGAAGGACUCAUCGGUUUUACAAUGAUUUCUUUAGAACCAGGAUGUUCUUGGCUUUUAUAACGGAGGCACGUGAUUAUCUAUGUAGAUACUUGGUUGAAAUAGGAAGCGACCGCACUGUCAUACUUCUGCCAUAUGCAUACCUAGGCAAGUAUAUGCAUACAAAAGCUCUACGGCUAUGGAUAGAGCUGUUUGAUGGGGAUAUGGAACCGGUGAUUGACCAUCUGAUUAGGAAUGAUCUCCUUUUAGACGUUGCAGAUGUAGUCUUCAGGCGGCUAAGCUAUAAGGAAGACUAUAGUAAAAUAGAUGCCAUCUUAUCACACAUCCCGUCUCCAACCCACGAAAUGUACAUGAAUAUUAAUGUUAUCUCCAAAAUGCCGAGGGUUAUUUUCAAGGAUCUUUACUCCUAUAAUUUAUAUCAUCUGAAAGCCUGCGACUGUAAAACCUUGGACCUCAGGAAGCUCCAUUGUGUAGAGGAUCCCGAAUGGAAAAAGAAGCAAGGGCUGAUGGAAAUUGUUCGAAAAGAGGUGAGAGGCGUGCUUGAAAGGAUGAAACAGGAUCUAUUUGAUCCUUGGAAGGAGAUGUGUGAGUGUAAGGAUAGAAGAUCUGCUAUACUUGUCACUGGACCUGAAUAUGAAUUUCUUUGCUUUCUGCUGAUACCGGAAAACACAAGCUUGGCGAUAAAAUGCCAUGAUUCAGAAAAUCUUCUUGAAAAGGAUCCUCAGGUUUACUGGAGUAUUGUGACAUAUUUCUUAUACUUUAACCUUCCCUUAGGGAACAACCCUGGGUUUGAUGGGAAAGUCGAUGUUAUUAUUGAUGAACCCGUGCUUGACCUUCGGAUUGACGGAAGACCCAGGUUUUAUAUCGACUUCUAG